AUGCCUUUUGUUUAUCGUCUGCAACCAGGUCAUACUUUAUCAGUUAAACAACUUCGACAUGCUCUUCAUCUCACUGUUAACAAACAUCCCUCACUUCAUACAUCACUUUAUUUUGACUUCGAAAAGAAUCUACUUAUGCAACGAGUUAUUACUCAUGAACAUAAACAUAAUAAUGAUAAUAUAUUUUCAAUCAUCGAAACUACUUAUGAAACAGAUGAAGAAUUAAAUGAGAUUUUACAUGACGAGAAACGUAAUCCUCAUCUUUUUGAUCUUGCUCAAGGUCUUGUCUUUCGAUGUCAUAUUAUUUAUCACAAACAAAUCUCUUCAAAUCAUCUUGCUUCUGACAAAGAUCUACUUAUUUUCAACUUUCAUCAUGCUCUAUUUGAUUUUCCAUCAAUGAACAUCUUUCUUCGUGAUCUCAAUCAAGCAUAUACCACGGAUCAAAUAAUAACUGAUGAUAACACUAAUCUACGUUAUCUCGAUUAUGCUGUUAUCGAACAACAAAUGUCAAUGACUGGUGCAAGUAUGUUUUGGCUUGAUACUCUUCAUGAUUGUAAACUUGAUCAACCUUUAUCGCUACCAUUUGAUCGAUAUCGCCUCUCAAAUGAACAUCGAACUGGUCGUGGAACAUCGGUUUGUUUUGAUUUUAGUCAAGAUCUCUCACAUCACUUUCUUAUUCAUGCAUCAUUAAAUAACAUAUCACUGGAAUAUCUUGCACUUGCUGUUUAUUAUGUGUUUUUGUUCAAAUUAACGAAUGGUGAAAAAGAUUUAUGCAUUGGAAUAAAUACACAUGGUCGAUAUAGAGAUGAACUUAGAUCUGUCAUUGGAAUGUUUGUGAAUGCUAUACCUUUGCGAUGUCAACUCGAUCCUUAUUUAUCAUUUGAUAAAAUCACUAAGCAAGUUCGAGAUAUUAUGAUAAACUGUAUGAAAUAUUCAUAUUUUCCACUUCAACGUAUUCUCAAUCAACAUUCGAAUAUAUCAAAUCCUGUAUUUCUUGAUACAUCAUUUGAAUUCAUAUCAUCGAUGAUAACAGAUGAAGAGAAUGAAAUAAAGCUUGGUGAUAGUCGACUUUCUUUACUACCUUCUUCAAUUAAGAUUAGUGAAGAUGAAAUAAUGAGUAAAUUUGAUUUUAUUCUUAGUUUUCAACAUGAUCUGAAUCUAAAUGAAUUCUCAUGCACCAUCGAUGCUUCACUUGAUUUAUUCAAUGUUGAAACAGUUUGUAUAAUUGCACAAAGAUUACAGACAAUGUUACAUCAACAAUUCACAUCUUUUAAUAGUCAAACAAACAAACCAGUUUAUGAAAUACAAUUAGUAUUACCAAAUGAAAGAUUACUCAUGCAAUCACUGAAUAAUACUCAGAUAUCAUUUUCAUCUCCUCUCACUUGUAUUCAUCAUGAGUUUGUAUAUCAAGUAAUG